AUGUCGGUGGAGGAGGACCGGCGCCUUCGGCGGUCCCCGCCGGUGGAUAUGCGGCCGGAGCGCGAGCGGCGGCGCGAGCGGGAGCAGCCGCGGUGCAGGGAGGUGGCGGGCGGGACGGCGGCCGAGUGCGCCGCCGUGUGCUGCUGCUUCCCGUGCGCCGUCGUCGAGCUCGUCGCCCUCUCCGCAGUGCGCGUGCCCGCCGCGCUCUGCCGCCGCGCCUUCCUCGCGAGGCGCCGGCGCCGGCGCGCCGCGGCCAAGAGGAAGGAGAUGGAGGAGCUCCUCGCCGCAGACGCCGCCUCCCUCAGGUCUCGCGCCACCGCAGCGGCCAAGGCCAGCAAGAAGGCGGAUGCGACGGAGCACUGGCCGGACAUGCACUCGACGGGAGAGCUCGCCGAGGUGGAGAAGGAGGUCUGGGCCAGCUUCCAGGGCGCCGGUUUCUGGCGGAGCCCGUCGCAGCGCGAGGUCAGGAGGUGAUCGCCGGCGCCGCCGUCUCUCCCUUAUCCUUCGGUUUCUUGCACUCGACCCUUCGCCAACCCAACCCCCAUAGGAAAAAGAUGAACUUCUUGCGAUCAAUUGGUUGCAAAUCACAACUACUGCUCCAUUGCUCGCGUUUUUCUUUUUCCAAUUUUUUGUCCAAUGGGAGGAGAAAGAUGUUGAGAAAAAACAUAAAUUUCUAUGUUUCUU